GCAAUGUCAACCACAAUAUCACGAAAAGAACAUGUAGAGAGAGAGAGAGAAUAUCUGCAUUCUGCAAUGCCAACCACAACAUCGCGAAAGGAACAUAUUUCCAGCAUCCACAAACCAGAUAAGGCAGUAGAUAAGGCCGAGGCUCUCACACCCGUCAGAUGGAUACGCUCCAAAAUCCAACGGCCACUGUUUCCACACCCCAGAUAAUGUCCCCUUACUAUAACCCAAAGCCAAAAAUCACCAAACUCACACACUUCAAUUCCCACUAUCUUCCCCACCUCAGUAGCGCACAUUCCGCAACCAUGGCCACCACCACCUCCGCCGCCGCCACGUCAUCUUUCCUCGGCACACGCCUCCCUGACGUAAAACAACCCAACAACUCGGGCAGGAUCCGGGCAUCAGCUCGGAUACAAGCCCGGUUCGGAUUCGGCAAAAAGAAAGCCCCACCAAAGCGGUCCGUAUCGAAAGAUACAGACCGCCCGCUAUGGUAUCCUGGGGCCAAGGCCCCAGAGUACCUAGACGGGAGUCUGGUUGGGGAUUACGGGUUUGACCCGUUUGGGCUGGGAAAGCCGGCGGAGUACUUGCAGUUUGAUUUGGACUCGUUGGACCAGAACUUGUCGAAGAACUCGGCCGGGGAUGUCAUAGGGACCCGGUUCGAGACUUCGGACGUGAAGUCGACGCCGUUUCAGCCGUACAGCGAGGUGUUUGGGCUCCAGAGGUUCAGGGAGUGUGAGUUGAUCCAUGGACGGUGGGCCAUGUUGGCUACGCUGGGCGCGCUCACCGUCGAGUGGCUCACCGGUGUCACUUGGCAAGACGCUGGAAAGGUGGAGCUAAUUGACGGAUCAUCCUACCUGGGCCAGCCACUUCCAUUUUCUAUCACCACAUUGAUCUGGAUCGAGGUCCUGGUCAUCGGCUACAUCGAGUUCCAGAGGAACGCCGAGCUCGACCCGGAAAAGAGGCUGUACCCGGGUGGCAGCUUCUUCGACCCGCUUGGCCUGGCGGCCGACCCGGAGAAGAAGGCCACCCUCCAGCUUGCUGAAAUCAAGCACGCCCGCCUAGCCAUGGUCGGCUUCCUCGGGUUUGCUGUCCAGGCCGCGGCUACCGGGAAAGGCCCGCUCAACAACUGGGCGACCCAUCUGAGUGACCCGCUCCACACUACCAUUUUUGACACCUUUGGGUUUUUCUCUUGAGCUCCUUUUCUUUGUAUGAAUCUGUUCUCUCUCAGUCCCCUACUUGUAAAAACUGUGAAAUUUAAUGGUUUAACGCUUUCUAUUGUCUUGUAUUGUGUAUUACUCAGUACUACGGACCGGGUAAGGAACCAUGUCUACUGUAGUUCGUCGGGUUAUGUGGAAGCUAUAUCGGAUCGGAUGUAAUUACUCUCCUAAUGUUUCGAAAAAUUCCGAUUAUGUCAAA